UGGACUAGUAAUAAAAAACUAUCUUUUACAGACCCAGCACAUAUGCUGCAAGUAUCAUCGUCAUCUCAGCAGCACGUACCAGUAGACAUAAGUGUGGGCCUGCCAUUUGCUGUGUAUGAAACAGUUGUAGAGUCUUGCAAACUUUCAGAGUCAGCACCAUCCACAACUACUGAAACAGAUCACAGCUACAGCAGACCACUUGUAGACAGGUUUCUAACAACCAGUGAUGAUGUUGAAGAUAAAGGUACACAGACAGACCUCACUUCUGAAGACAUGAACAACACUUCGAGAGAAAAUGAACAAUUAAAGGCAAAACUCAGUGAUAAAGAUGCACUUCUCAGAAACCUGUUCAUUGAAAAAGUAACCAAAAAUGACAAAUCUAUCCAACAAUAUACUGGGUUACCAAAUUUAGAAACUUUUAAUAAAAUUAGUGACUUAACAUUAAAGUAUGAACCAAAUUUGAAAUACUGGACCGGUGAACAUAGCGAAAACGAAAAAAGCUAUCAAAAUAGAGGGAAUAAGCCCGGUCCAUCUAGAAAGCUAUCAAGGUACCAGGAAUUGAUCCUUACACUUGUGCGAUUUCGCCUUGCAUUGCCAGUGGUAGUUAUGUCUGAUUUAUUUGGGGUGUCUUGUUCCAGAAUCUCUUCUAUAUUCUCAACCUGGAUUUUUUAUAUGUAUUUCAUGUUUAAAGAUUUCAUUUUCUGGCCAUCCCGAGAACUAGUGAAGAAGUUCAUGCCAAAAUCUUUUUACAAAUUUCCAAGGACCAGAGCUAUCAUAGACUGUUCAGAGAUUUUCAUUCAGAGACCCAGGGACCCCUCUGUAAAUGCUAGGACAUAUAGUACAUAUAAAUCUCACAACACCUUUAAAUUUCUGGUGAGCAUUACACCAACAGGUGCUUUUAACUUUGUGUCUCAAAUAUGGGGAGGGAACACUUCUGACAGGUACAUUACCAUGAAUUCUGGUUUCUUAGAUUAUGUGUCACCGGGAGACGAGAUUAUGGCUGACCGGGGUUUCACCAUUCGAGAUUUACUUACAGAGAGACAUGCUUAUCUGAAUAUACCACCAUUUACUCGUAAGUGUACUUGGGGCAAAGGGAAGUACCUUACAUCUACUCAAAUUAAAAAAACCCGUCAAAUUGCAAAUUUGAGAAUCCAUGUUGAGAGAGCCAUUCAAAGGUUGAAAUCAUUUAAACUAAUUUCUCAGAUUCUACCCUGCAGUAUGAAAUCUUUAGUCAAUCCGAUGAUCAUUUUAGGUGCAUUCUUUUGUAACUUAAAGAAACCUCUUGUAACCAAGUGA